AUUUGCCCAAAACAACUCCUUCGAAGGCCCUCUGCCGAUCUACUUUGGCCGCAUGACCCAGCUUCAGGAGCUGAAGCUCUAUUCCAACCCCAUGGGAGGGUCGCUGCCGGAGUCCUACUCGCAACUCAAGAACCUCACCCACCUGCAUCUGGAGGACAUGGGUCUGUCAGGCCCCAUUCCUGACUCAUGGGGCAACAUGGAAAAUCUGCAGUACUUCCAUUUGAGUCGCAACGAUAUUUCAGGGGUCCUCCCCACCUCGAUGAAUCAGCUCACCAACCUCAUUGAAUUCUCCAUCUAUCGCAAUCCGCUGCUGGAGGGCAAGCUGCCGCCCUGCUGGGCCACCGUCCAGUCCCUCGGCACUCUCUCCCUGCUGGGCACCAAGCUGCGCUGCCCCGCGCGCCCCGCCGACUCCUGCUGCCCGGGGUGCCUUCAGAGCGACCUGCCCUUCUGCUCCCUCCUCUGCCCCGACUUCUGCCAACAAUGCAAACCACCCCGUAACCCCCUCUCUUACUGCCAACCACCGUCUGUAACUGCUCCUUACCACAUCACCUCCUCCUCGUCACAUCACUGCCCCAUUCUCCAGGGGACCAUCCUGGUUCUGUUCCUGUCUUUGUCUGCUACACAUUUUCUCUCCCUUUUUACCCCUUAUUUACUCAGCAGCAACAAUGCUCACUCGUGUGUUACCCCCCACCACCCCAUUUGUGCCAUCCACCCUCUUCAUCUGCCCUGCACUGCCCGCCCGCCAGUGCUGUCUCCAGCAGGCAUAGCAGGCGUGGUGGUGGGGAGCGUGGUGCUGCUGCUGGUGGUGCUGCUCGUAGUGCUCUACGUAUGGUACUACUACUGGGGACCUGGCAGCCGCAAGGGUGAGUGGGUGGGGCGAAGGAGAGUGAGGUGCGGUGGUGAGUGUGGUGGUGGGGAUGUGCGUGGGGUGGGCUGGGGGUCGCUGCUGGUGGUGGUGCCGCUCGUAUCGCUCUACAUGUGGUAUUCCUACUGGGGACCCGGCAACCGCAAGGGUGAUUGGGAUGGGGAGGGUGAGUUUAGGGGGAGGCUGAGUGGGGUGAUGAGGGUGAGUGAGAUGGGGAGUGCGAUUGGAGUUAGAGUAAGCACAGACGAGGUUGCUCAUCUUCCCUCCCCUCUCUGCUUCCCCGAGCUCUCCUCCUCCUCCCUCCCUCCCACUGUGCUCCCCCGCCCUCUGUGCCCCCCCCUACCCUCUCACCCCCUUCCUCCUCCCCUGCAAGCAGCGUGGGAGAGGGAGCUGCAGCAGGGCUUCAGGAGGUACACGUGGAGGGAAGUUAUGGAGGCGACCAACCAGCUGAGCCCCGACAACCUUCUCGGCAAGGGCGGCUUCGGCUCCGUGUACUGGGGCGUCAUAGGCGGGUCCCAGCAGAGCGGGUGGAGCACAGGGGUGUGGAAGCGAGCUGAGGCCAGCUGGAAAGCAGCAAGCAGCGGCAUGCACAAGGGGAGUGGGAUGAGCGGAGGGAGUGGGACGACGAAUGGGGGGAGUGGCACAAGUGUAGGGAGUGGGACAAGUAAGGGGAGCGUUACGAGUGCAGGCAGCAGGAACAUUGCUUCUGUUGCUCCUGCGGACGGCAGUGCCCCAGGGGUGGGCGGCAGUGCUCCCAAGGUGGGCGGCGGUGUGCGUGUGGUGGUGGGCGGCGGCAUGGAGGUGGCGAUCAAGCGAGCAGCUGUUGUGGAGCGAUCGUCCAACGUCGCCACCAUGUUUGAAGAAGAGGUGAAGGCGGUUUCCAAGUUGAGCCACAAGAACCUCGUGCGCCUCCUCGGCUACUGCAACGAGAGCAACGAGCAGGUGUUGGUGUACGAGUAUGUGCCCAACGGAGACAUCAGCGACCAUCUGUACGCCAAGUUCCAAGGGCACCUGCUGACCUUCGAGGAGCGGCUGGACGCUGCUUUGGGGCUGGCGGAGGGGCUCAAGUACCUCCAUUAUCAUGCAGAGAAGCCUAUUGUGCACCGCGACAUCAAGCCCUGCAACGUUCUGCUCACAGAGGAGUACCAGGUGAAGAUCGCCGACUUUGGUUUGAUACGGUCGCUGCAGGAGGGCGCGGAGCAGGAGGGCACGUUCACGCGUGUGGCGGGCACGAGGGGGUAUCUGGACCCCGAGUACAUGACGUGUGAAAAGCUCUCCACAGCGAGCGAUGUGUACAGCUACGGUGUGCUGCUACUUGAGAUGGUGACGGGGCGGCCAGCCACGGAGAGUGACCCAAACGACCAGAGCUGCCUCAGGCACAUCACCUCCUGGGCGGUGCCGUACAUAGAGCGCGGGGAGAUCCGAGAGAUAGCGGACGCGCGCAUUGCCUCGCCGCUCAACCUGCCCUUUCUGCUGCAGAUGGCGCGCACCGCCGCCCUCUGCGUGCAGCUGCCGUCCACCCGCCGCCCGGACAUGGCUGAGGUGGCGCGCGUCAUGCUGGACGCCCGCCGCACCUUCCAUGCCGCCGCCGCCGCCGCUGCUGCCGGCGCCGCUGCCCUCGCUGCCACUGGUGGUGCUGGCGGGCCGGGGGUGCAUGGAGGAGGAGCAGGAGCAGCUGCGGCAACGCACGUUUCAAGAGGAAUCCUGGGUGGGGGAGGGGCGCUGGGUGGGGGAGGGGCGCUGGGUGGGGGAGGGGCGCUGGGUGGGAAGGGGAGCCCCCGAGGAGCAGAGGCGAGGAGGAGUGGGCUUGUGGGUGCCAGCGGCAGGGCGUUGGGGAGUGAGAGCAUGAAGAGAUGGGUGCAUUACUUCGGCGGCGGGGGUGGAGGGCGGAGCAGGCAAGAGAGUAAUCGAAUUGAAGAGAUUGUCCCAGAGACUGGCUCAGUGAAGCCCGACAGUGGAUAUACGGUUACCACUGGUAACACAACAACCAGCGACUCUGCUAGUGGAGAUAGAGACGUACCGUGA